ACGAGAGGGCCGCCCGGCCAACUUCGUUUUCGACGCCAUGUUCUAGUGCGAAGUUGGUAGUGAUGUGGUAAUGGAAGUCUGAGUAGUUACGCAGGCGGAGCGAAUUGUGGAGGAUUUGUGACCAUCAAUCACGCUUUGUUAUUGGCGCGUUUGGAAUGGCUACUGGCGCGAACACUACACCGUUGGGACGCCUAAGUUCGUUCCCGGCUGCUCGGCCCGCCGUUGGUACCGGGGUGUCUUUGUUGAAGCCUAGCUACAUGGCCGGCGCUAUGCCGCCAGCCGCAACGCAACCCAAUGGCACCACGGGUGCCGUGGGUGCACCUGCGCUACCCGUGGCCCUGCCAGUCUUCCCUGCCCUGCCUACGUCGACGAAGUCUGACAAGGACCAUGAUGAACGCGAAAAGGAUCGCGAUCGAGACCGUGAUCGUGACCGCGACCGAGACAGCAGGAGAGACCGUGAUAAGGAGCGCUCGAGAGACCGUGGUCGAGACCGUGGUCGCGCUCGGAGUCGUGAUCGCAGCAGGGAUCGGCAUCGUGACAGAAGUCGUGGCAAGAGCCGCGACAAGAGUCGCGAUAAAAGCCGCGACCGGAGAGAUCGAGACCGCGACAGGGACAAAGAUCGCGACCGAGACAAGGAUCGUGAACGGGACAAGGACCGUGAUCGCGACAGGGACAAAGAUCGAGACCGGGACAAAGAAAGGGAGCCAGCACUCCCCGCAAUGACUGGAGCACCACCCAUUGUCUCAAUGCUGCCAUCCUGGGCUAGUCAGGAUGAAAACAGCAAUACGAGCAUGGGCUCCAUGGGUUCCAUGGGUUCUUUAGAGGCUAACACUGGUGAACGUCGUCGAAAGCGAAGAAGCCGCUGGUGCUGUGACGAGAAGGAAAAGGUGUUCAUCCCUGGAAUGCCCACUGUACUCCCUACAAACUUGGAUCCAAACCAGGAGCGGGCCUAUCUGUUGCAACUCCAGAUUGAAGAGCUCAGCAGGAGGCUGCGCACUGAGGACCUUGGCAUCCCCUUCAACCCUGAGGACAGGUCGCCAUCUCCAGAGCCGAUUUACAACAGUGCUGGAAAGAGGCUGAACACGCGCGAGUAUCGAGUGCGAAAAAAGUUGGAGGAUGAGCGGCAUGUGCUCAUACAAGAAAUGUUCACCAUCAACCCAGAGUACAAGCCACCUUCAGAUUACAAGCCUCCUCUGGUCCGUGUGUCUGAGAAGGUGAUGAUUCCACAGGAAGAGCACCCAGACAUCAAUUUUGUAGGCUUAUUGAUUGGCCCAAGAGGCAACACACUGAAGUCCCUUGAAAAAGAGACUGGUGCCAAGAUCAUCAUUCGAGGCAAAGGCUCGGUGAAGGAGGGCAAGGUUGGGCGCAAGGAUGGCCAGCCGUUGCCUGGUGAAGAUGAACCGCUGCACGCCUUUGUCACAGCUUCUAGCCAAGAAAAUGUUCGGAAAGCUGUGGACAGGAUUAAAGAGAUAAUCCGGCAGGGUGUUGAAGUGCCAGAGGGUCAGAACGAUCUUCGACGGAUGCAGCUGCGAGAGCUAGCUUUACUGAAUGGUACUCUGCGUGAGAAUGAUCUUUUGGGUGGACCUCGAUGCUCCAACUGUGGGGCACCUGGACACAAGGCGUGGCAGUGCCCUGACCGACCCAACAUCACCAACAACGUCAUCUGUGCCUGCUGCGGUGGCACUGGACACAUUGCACGAGAUUGCAGGGAAAGAGGCAAAGGCGGUGGCGGUGGCGGUGGUUAUGGAGGUCGAGGUGGCUUUAGUGGUAGUAGUGAUGGAGGACCAGGAGGGGCCCAGUCCAAGAUAGACGAAGAGUAUAUGUCCUUGAUGGCUGAGCUCGGUGAAGGUCCCCCACCACCAAGCAAGAGUGGAGGGGAUGAUACCAGCAACCGUGGUGGUAGUGGACCCCAGCUAGGAGGCACACAGGGACCAAUACGCGCCAUCAUGGCACCCCCACCACUGACUGGAGGCAAUGCCCCUCUGGGAAUGGACCGCCCACCACCACAGCAGUGGACUGCAGGACCAAAAGGAAUGAUGCCCCCAGGAGGCCCACGGCCUCCUUCGAUGAUGGGUGGGCCACCGCCGCCCCACAUGGCUGGCACUGGAAUGCCCUGGCAGCCAUCCCAGGGAGGAAUGCCUCCCAUGACUGGAGUGCCCCCACCUCCACCUAUGAUUGGGCCUCCACCAUCAGGGCUGCCCCCAUGGAUGGCAGGACCUCCACAAGGGCCUGGAGCUCCUUGGCAGACACCGAUAGCAGGGGUGCCCCCACCGCCGCCUCAGCUGUUUCCUUGGGGCCCUGGAGGAGCCUUUAUGAGCAUGGGCUUGCCGCCGCCACCACCACCACCUGCAGUUAGCACAGUGGCCAGCACAGACAGCACCACCUCGGGCAGCAGUACCAGUGCUACGGCUACUUCAACUACUACGACUAUGGUGGACCUAAGCACAUUGGCUGCGCUACCCGGGCUGCUGGCAGCUCCGCCGCCACCGCCACCCCCAAGUUAAGCAGCACUGUUUGGGUCAUGAGUAGUUGGCCUAGGCACACCCUCAUAUUCACCCUGGUAUCCAUCGUAGGGUUACUUUUGAGGGCUGGUGGUUUAGUUGGCUUCAGGUACACACUGCACUACUUUUGCACCGGUAGGACACAUCAAACUUUGGUCAUCAGGCAUCCAAGACAUUGGUCAGCCUAUCAUCAUUGCUCUCAAUUUUUGUCAGUGUCUUCAUUCUCUUAAGUAUUUGUUUAUCUGUUCUGCAUUGUAGCCUGCUGUUCUCUCGGCUGCUUGACAGCAGGCUAUAGUGCCUAAAGUGCUCCUUUCAAGGUGGCAAAUUAAUAGUCACUCUCUCAUUCUGUCAUUCAUGCUGCUAAUCAAAGGUGCUUCAUGGACAAGCAGCACUGUGUUACUUUUUGUGGUGCAGAUUCAUUAGAACGAAAUUAGUGUUCUCGAACAGCUGUUUUCAGUGCAGGUAUGGUUUGUUUUGGAAUGCAUUGAAUAUACCUUGUAAAAAGUAGCUUUAUUUUGUUGUAUCCUUAUGGGACUUUGUUGCUGUUGGGGUGAUAUUUCGAGCCAUUCAGAUAAUUUCUGAUUUCCAUUAUACAAGUAUCAUGUUUGUUGUGCUUUUGCACUCCUUGGGUUGAGAAAAUGGUAGGCAUGCAGCAGUUUCUCUUGGGGAAAGUCGCACAGUAUCGUGAACUGUCUUCUUUGUCACUACAAACCUUGUAUGGUUACCAUUAUACUGCAUGGUUUUUGCUAGUGUUUAAACUGCACAUGGUGGCAAUAUGUGCAUCUGUGGCUUGUAGAACCUGUUGUCUUAGGUUUGUUAGAACCUCUCAUAAUAUGCCAUUAUCCUAGUGAGUUGUGGCGAUGUAUUUGUUUCCGCUAAGAGUGAUUAACGUUAAGCGAGAUCAUCUAAGACUGUCACCCUAAAAUGCUGUUCCUCAGAAUCUGAUGCCAUUUUCUUUACCCCUUUGAGUACAUUGAGCCUGCAGGAAAUUGAGGAAAUAAAUUGUGCCACAAAUUUUGAUCAGAUUGCACUGGGUUGAAGGUUGCAUGCGACAGUGUAAGAAAUAAAUUCAAUGUAGUUGUCUGCCAUUUUGUCUGUAGAGCUUAGAUUCAUUUUUCCAUUUCAUACGUCUACACUACUUGAGAUAAAAUUUGCUGGGCAUGAAUGGUUGCUUUGUUCAUUAUUGUACAUGCCAUAAAGGACAUUAAACAUCAAAACCUGUA